GGGUUGGUGGCAUAUAAAUAGCAGACCGUGACCUGGUCACCAUGCGCGCUGUCGUUGGCAAACAUGUCGGCCUCUGGUUUUUGUUGCUGCUGGCGAGCCACUCGCUGCCGCCCCGCGAUGAGCCUGUGAUCGCAUUGCCCUGCUUGAAGUAUAGCAAGUGGAGGUUCAAGUACCGAAGAAAUUUGCAGAAGGAGUUCAUGCCCGUGGCACGCCCUCACUUCACCAGUGUGGCUGCGGAGAAUCACUGGCUGCGACGAGAGGCAAAGCGUGCUCAACGACCUCAACCUGGAAUCCUACAUUCGACUUGGAGCUUAUGCGAGCGGGGAAAUGGAGAAAAAAUGACCAUGGGCGCCGUCGGUUCCGUGUCCUCGUGCCGCGCCGGAUGGGAGUGGCGCUUCUUUGUUCCAGUGCCACUUGAUGAGGGAGAACUGCCAUUGGCGGGACAACGGGAAGAUAUCUAUUUUCCGGCAGGAGAUGGUUUGGGCUUGAAACUGCGCAACGGCAGCUCGCAGUCCUUGGAGGUGAAAAAACGUUUGAAUCAGUCGCCCGAAGGUGCGGAGCAGUGGAGCAAGAGCCUUCAUCGAGGCUGCCUCAAUGCAGAUGGGCUGUUAGAUGUGACCAGAUGCGCGGAGCAGAUUGGGAUUGCUCCAGAGGAGUUCGCCGCUCGCGGCCUGCCGGUGGUGCGGGUGCGCAAGAAGCGGCGAUGGACCGAGCUGGGGGAAGAGGUCGACUGCCUUUUCAUGGUUGAAGGUGAUCAGGGACUGAUAGCAGAGCGCUACACAUCCGUCUCAGUGGAAGCCACAGAUUUGCAGGACGUUCUCCGUGUGACUCGUCAACUGCAGCUUCCCGACAACGCUACCAUGGCGGGCUAUCCGCAGAUCGUCCAGCGCCUUGCAGAACGCGCAGGAUCACCCGGGUGACAAGCUCGAUGCUGGGAUCAUCCGUUGGUACAUAAUUACGAUAAUUACUGGUACAGGAUGAUUUUAUCGGUGGAACAACGCCCAAUUGGAUGUGGUUCCACUCGCCUUUAGUGACUGCUGUUUCUUACUUUUGUGGCGUUCGACACCGCCCUUGUACAGAUGGGUUGGUGCCGGGAGAACUU